AUGUCGAAGUUUUCAUAAUUUUUAGAGGACAUCAGUGAAUUCAAGGAAAGGCCAGUUAAAUUAAAACAAAUAAAAAAGGUUCUAAAGAUUAACGAAAAGAGUUUCCCUCCAUGCAAAAAUAUCUUGAAUUAUUAUUUCUAAGAAUUUUCAAAGUAGAUUAUAAUACUAAAAGUAGACGUACCAAUGAGGAACAUCGAACUAAAUGGCACAGAAAGGAUAAAAUUUUAUUUGUAUGGACUGUGUUAAAAUACUUUGAAUUGAUAAACAAGAAUGAUUUAAACCCUGUAUUAUCAAUUUAAUAGGAUAGUCUGAAGAAGAUUGGCAUUAUCUAUCAAAUGUCUUGGGAGUAACAGAAUAGCUAUUGAAUUUAAAGUGGAUUAGUAUGCUCAAGACGAAUCUCAAAAUGGCCCCUUGGAACAUAGAGGAAGAUGAAAUAUUAUAAAGCAUUAUUGCAGAUCCUAAUGAAAAUAAAAAUUGGACAUAAAUUACAAUAGAUUUCAAUAGAAUAAACCCUGCAAAAAUAGUUAGACAUGCUAAAUAAAUUAGAGAGAGAUGGAAUAACUAUUUAAAUCCAGAUUUGAAAAAGUAAGGCUAAACAUUUAAUUAGAUCUGAAUGGUCAUAACCAGAACAGUUACAAUUAUUGUUGUUAGUUGAGGAAAUAGGUAAGAGAUGGUCACUUAUUUCCAAAAAAAUAUCUGGGAGAACAGAAAAUUAGGUUAAAAAUCAAUACAAUUCGAUGAUGAAUACCUAUAGAAGACAAAAUGUAUGAACAAUCUUAAAUCUUUAGCAGUUGGAUAAUGAAGAUGUGGCAAUCAAAAAAUUAUUGGCAAAUUUAUAAGGAAAAGAUUAUGAGGGCCCUCAACCCUUGACUAGUAAACGGAUUAGAAAAUCAGUGAAUAAUAAUAAUAAUGAUAACAAUAAUAAUAAUAAUAAUAAUAACAAUAAUAACAAUAAUGCUACGAUACCUUAGGUUUAAUAAGAUCAAAAGAAUAUGUAGAUUGAAAGUAAUGAAAUCAAAGAAGAACACUAAUAAGAUUAAUAAUUACAAUAAUAAAUGCAAUAAUAAUAAUAAUAAUAAUAAUAAUAGUUAUUAUAAAAUUAAUAAUAAUAGAUGCAAUAGUAACAAUAAUAAUAAUCACUCAUGCUUGGUUUAUCUGUAUUUUCUCCUAUGAUGCCUUUCUCUCCUUUACAUUAUUUAAUCUGUAUUUAAUUUGUUUCUAUAUUAAGAGUCCAGUCCAAAUAAUUUAUCCUCGCCAUAUGAAAUGCGAAAUAAGAAUUAUUCAAGCUAAAUGUAGUUAUUUGAUGACUUAAUGAAAUCAACCAAUAAUCUUGACUAAGGUGCGCCUUAACCAGAAAUUCCUUGCUUAUUAAGGUUAUUUAAUUCGCCCGCAUUUAAUCAUUAAGGAUUUCCUUAUGCAACUAUGCCCUACUAAUAACCUACAUAACAAUAACCUGCAUACAAUACAAAAAAAAUAAAUAAAAUUUAAAAAGAAUUGCUAAAAUUUGAUACAGGAUUAAACAGAGAUUGA